UCUGGCGGUCUGGACGUUCUGAAACGCGCACCCGCUCCAACGCCGCUCCGCAAUUAUUUGCAUAUCAAUGACAAACGUUCUCCUUUAACCAAUCAGCUUCCAGUGGAAGCUCCAUCUCAACCUCCAUUCUAGGCAUGCCAUCUCGCGACCAGACUUUGUAGUGGUGAAAUUCGUAACCGUCUUGUUUAGGGUAUUUUAAUUUUGUUUUUACAAGGAAUUACUUUAUCUUAUUAUUCGUUUAGACUAUUCAAAAAAAAUCGUCAGGAUGGGCUGCGCCGGAUUCACCUGCUCCAAGCACUCCCUCUGUGCGCUCAAUAUCCUCUAUGUUAUGGUGAGUUUGCUGAUGAUCGGCAUCGCUGCAUGGGGGAAGUGGUUCGGCCUGGUGUCAAGCUUCCAGGUGGUGGGCGGAGUCAUUGGAGUGGGGGUGUUCCUGUUCUUGGUGGCGUUGGUCGGCCUCAUCGGAGCCGUGAAGCACCACCAGGUCCUACUCUUCUUCUAUAUGAUCAUCCUCUUCAUGGUGUUCAUCGUCCAGUUCUCUGUCUCCAGCGCCUGUCUGGCCAUCAACAAGGACCAGCAGGAACACCUGUUGGAGGUGGGAUGGAACAACUCUCACACCACCCAGAGAGACGUAGAGAAGAGUCUCAACUGCUGUGGCUUCUACUACGUAGACAACAACGGGACCUGCAAUGCUGCCUGUUUCCCCAACCACUCCUGUUCACCGUGUGCUAAGCAGAUCCAGGAGCAUGCAGGAGAGGUGCUGCGCUUCGUGGGCGGGAUAGGCCUCUUCUUCAGCUUCACUGAGAUCCUGGGGGUGUGGCUAACGUACCGGUACAGGAACCAGAAGGACCCUCGAGCGAAUCCCAGUGCCUUCCUGUAACCGUUGGCAACUGCUGGCUUUGUUCCCCGCUCUUGGAGUGGCCAACUUUCCUCCUGGAGAGCUACUGGUUGUGCAGGCUUUUGCUUCAGCCCUACUCUAACUGUGACACUAAAACAACCGAUUCUAAACAAAUUAGCUGCUCAUCGGAGCCUUGUUCAGCUGAAUCAGUUGUGUUAGUUAAAGCAGGGCCGGAGUAAAAGCCUGCACACCAAGUAGCUCUCCAGGUGGAGGAGGGCUAGCCGCCUGUUUUAGGGGCUGUGUUUGUAAAUAAGCGAGUGACUUGUGUGUGUUUUCACCAGCUGAGCAAAGCGGCAGCCCUUUGUGUGGUGUUACAUGAAGUGAUUGUUUUUCCUGAAUGUGGUGUGUGUCUGGAAAAUAACUGGGUCAUGUUCAUUAGGCACCAAACGGAAGACAAGAGGAACUAGCUUCACUUGUCGAAUAAGAAACGCUCCUUUACACUUUCCGUUGCUAAAUGUUUUCCAUGGUGUGCCCUAAUGAACAUGACCCUGCUGUAUAUUAAAGAUGCUGCAUGAGCCUAUUACCCUAAUAGGACACCUUAAACCACUCCAGAUCAGAACCAUAUCCUGUAUACACCUAGUGUACAAAACAUUAAGAACACCUUCCUAAUAUUGAGUUGCACCCCCUCCCCCUUUUGCCCUCAGAACAGCCUCAAUUCUAUGGGGCAUGGACUCUACAAGGUGUUGAAAGCGUUCCACAGGGAUGCUGGCCUAUGUUGACUUCAAUGCUUCCUACAGUUGUGUCAAGUUGGCUGGAUGCCCUUUGGGUGGUGGACCAUUGUUGAUACACACGGGAAACUGUUGAACAUGAAAAACCCAGCAGUGUUGCUUGCGGUUCUUGACACAAAUCAGUGCGCCUGGCACCUGCUACCAUACCUGUUCAAAGGAAGGCAAGUCAAUCUUUUGUCUUGCAAAUUCACCCUCAAUGUCUCAAUUGUUUCAAGGCUUAAAAACACUUAUUUACCCCCCCACCCCCACCCUUCAUCUACACUGAUUGAAGUGGAUUUAACAAGUGACAUCAAUAACAGAUCAUAGCUUUCACCUGGGUUCACCUGGUCAGUCUUUGUCGUGGAAAGAGCAGGUGUCCUUAAUGUUUUGUGCACUCCUUGUCUAUCCUCUCAUAUACAGAGGCUCAGGCUUUUGCUUCUGGUGACAAAUCUUGAGAAAUUAACAUUUUCAAAUACCCCAUUUGAUAUUUGACACACCCUUGAUGGGCAAGCGUUCAGUAUGCUCAGACCUGUAUUAAAGCAUGUGAACUGUAAUGUUGUGACUACUGAAUGACUCCUGUAUUACAGAUGAUAGCUGACAUGAUGAAGAACAGUUAGCAUUAUUUUGUGCGCAUGACGCCUAAAGAUGUCAUUGAAUAUUUGUACAUUUGAUUUGAAUCACUCAGUAACUGAAGGUCUGUAGGAUGCCGUUGAUAAUUGUAUGCUGUAACUUCAUAACUACAACUAUUUAAGCAGCUUGUUGUUGCCUUUACUUGAAAUCAUUAUGUUACACAGCAUUUGCAUUUUUUUGUGUUCUGAAUGUUUAUUUCUGACACAAAUAACCUGAUAAUUCCUAAUGAUUUGAAAUCAGAAAAAACAAGGGGAUACUUCAAGGGAUUUUGGCAAUGAUGCCUGUUAUCUACUUCCCCAGACUCAAAUGAAUACGUGGAUACCAUUUUUAUGUCUCUGUGUCCGUUAUGAAGGAAGUUAGAGGUUGUUUUGUGAGCCAUUGCUAACUAGCAUUAGCGCAACGACUAGAAGUCUUUGGGUAUCUCCUAGCAUGCUAGCAGACACCCAUAGACUUCCAGUCAUUGCGCUAGCGCUAGUUAGCAACUUCCUUCCAACUGCACGCAGACACAUAAAAAGGGUAUCCAUGAAUUCAUCUGAUUCUGGGGAAGUGGAUAAAAGGCCUCAUUGCCAAACUCCUAAAGUGUCCCUUUAAGAGUCAAUUGCUCGUGCUGUCUGAAUAUCAUCAGUAUGAAAUGCUUGGGAAGACUGACAUGUGAAAGAAGAGAUGAGCUUUGUUCUGCUGAUAGUGUUACAAAGCCUGGCAGUCGAUUGUGUGUGUGUGCGUGUACAUAGGUGCAUGUGCUCUGUGAACUACAACAUACCUGAGCCUUUGUACAAGAAAUCUCAAGUAAAUAGAAAGGUCAAAAAAUAUAUAUUUCAUACACUG